GAAGGAGGGCUGCACGACGGCAACAGUCUCCCGUGCGAGACUUUGCUUGACUUAGCUUUCUCCAUCUGGUGUGGCUUUCGGAAAUUGGGUUGCCCGAAUGCCGGACCAGUUUCCCCACCAACUUUUUCUGUCUCUUUUUCUUGUUACCCAACUUGUUCGCUCUCUUUCCGACUCCCUCACAGACUUUUGCUUUCUCGACAGCGUUGUCUCGAUAGAAUGGCGAAGGCUACAAGCGAAGGAGGCGGAGGCGAAGGGUUUCGGGUAAUCAAGAGCUCCGGUGCGAUCCUGCCCGACAUGGACAAGGCACUCCACCUGCUUCCGCUCGCCCCGAAUCCCUCUGCUGUGCUCAAGGCGGGUCCACCCUUGGAGCGUCUGCCCAUGGGCCAUCCGCGUCCCGAUCGCAUUGCAUUCACGUCGCACUCGUCACAGAGAUCCUGGGUCGCUUCGACACACUUCUUCCCCGCCGCCUAUCCCCGCUCCCACUUUGCGGCGACUGCACCCCCGUCCGAAGCCCCACCUGCACCCCUGGCUUCGACGGCUUCGCAGGCAAAGGAGGCCGAGCGCGAGCAGCGCAAGGCAGACUUUGAGACAUUCGAGGACCUCGUCAGCCGCUUCAGCUUCGAGAGCUACUAUCCGCCAGAGAGCGUCGAGGAGGCCAAGAAGAUCGCAGAGGGCCUCGUCCGGGAAGAUCAGCCGCCGCUGUGGGGAUCGGUGCAGAGAAUCGUGCCCGUCGACAGCGGAUCCAAGUAUGGCGCAAGGGAUGCGAGGGCAGCAGGCGCUGCGGACGCGCAAGACGACGAGGAAGGCAUCACUCUCAUCUUGGCCCACGCCAACGGCUUCCACAAAGAGAUCUGGGAAACGUUUGCAGAGUCGCUGGUCAAAGCAAUCGAAGCGAGGGAAGCGUCGUCGUCGUCAUCGUUCAAGCCAGCCAAGAUCCAGGAGAUCUGGUCGGUCGACUGCAUCAACUCGGGCGAUGCAGGCGCUCUCAACGAGCCCCACCUCGGUUCGGCCUUUACGUGGCUGGACCAUCCCCGUGACCUGCUUCAAUUUGCAGACUACUACCUUCCACGGCGGCACCUCUCGGCUUCCAAGGCAGAGGGGCUCGCCGAGAUGGGGCCUGUCUGGCCGCCCGACACGCUGCGCAGGACGCGGAGGGGUGAGGGCAGAAGAGGGAGGAGGAUCAUCGGUGUCGGCCAUAGCUUCAGCGCAGUCGCAAUGAAGAUCCUCAACGACCACGUCCCGGAUCUGUUCGAGGGCGUCAUCAUUCUCGACCCAGUCACCGGCCCCCCUGAGACUUUGGCCGACAUGCCGAUCCCCAUGGACAUGCCCAUGGCCAGGAGCGCCGUCGCUCGCAAGGAUGUCUUUCCCUCCCGCAAAGAGGCCGAGAGGUCCUUUAGGUCAAAGCCAUUCUUCCAGGCUUGGCAUCCCGCCGUCUUGGAUCUCCAUCUCCGCUUCGGCCUCCGACCUCUGUCGCCGGGCCGGGACGAGGUGACGCUGUGCAUGUCAAAGUGGUCCGAGGCAUUUGCCUUUUCCAUGUCGUGGAUGGGCCGCUUCGCCUACCCUGUUCCUUUGAACGUGGCCGAGAGGCGCAGCAGGCUGCACGUCAUCACUAUGACGGGCAGCCAUGCGACCAACUACAACUUUGACGGAAAGGGGAGCCCAGAGGGCGCGACGAGGGUCAGGAAUGCCAUCGUGGCCAGCGUCGCGCCGGACAGGGGAUCGCAGGAGGCCAUGGAGGGCGACCAUCUCGUCGUGCAGCACCAGCCCGGCUUGCUUGGCGAGAAAUUGGCAGAAGUGCUUUGCGCUUGGCAACGGCAGGCCGAGAAGGAAGGUCUCACGUUUGCGAAGCCACGACUGUAGAACAGAGAUCGAUAGUAUCAUUGGCAACAAGACAAUCCCAGAGAAGCAUUGCAAAAGUGGUGAAGAGUGGUGCGUGAGAGGGGAACCUAAUAGUACAGUACAAAUGCAAGCGGGUGUGAACAGAGGAAAAGGAGGGAUAGGGAAGAUCCGAUGCAAGAAGAAGGGCGGACGGCGUCACUCUAGUUGGACCUCCUCAGCCUCUUUUGAAUGGCCAUUGCCUCUCGUCUGGCCCGCUCCCAGACUUCAUUCCCGUAGUACCAGUAUCCAUA